CCGAAAUAAAUAUCAGAGAUGAGGGAAAUAUCUCGAGCGCACUAUAAAUAUUCGAGCGCUCCUUUCAACUUAGAUACUUCACUUCUCGCCAUACUAGUCUCUACCUUCGCUCGGAGAAAGAGAAAACCUUUCAUGUCGCAGAUUCAAAGGAAGAGGAAAUCACGGAGCAGUAGACGCAAUGGAUGCAAUUCUGUAGAGGAAACGCUUGCAAAGUGGAAAAAGCUUAACAGCCAGAUCGACUCCAACGAUGGCAAGAGUGUCCGGCGGGUGCCUCCCAAGGGCUCCAAGAAGGGCUGCAUGAUCGGGAAGGGAGGCCCUGAGAACUACCACUGCAACUACAGGGGUGUUCGACAACGGACAUGGGGCAAGUGGGUUGCUGAGAUUCGGGAACCAAGCCGAGGCAGCCGACUCUGGCUUGGCACAUUUGCAACUGCCAGACAGGCCGCCCGCGCAUACGAUGAGGCUGCCAGUGUAAUGUACAGCUCUUGUGCCCGACUCAACCUACCACAAUAUAGCAAUUUGAAGGAGUCGCCAACAUCGUUUCUGGAGUCUACCACAACAUCUCAUCAUUCUGAGGGUAGGAAGGAACCAGAAGCACUGAAAACCACAACAUCUCAUCAUUCUGGGGGUAUCAAGGAACCAGAUGCUUGUGUUCCAGGGAAUGAAUGUGUGGCCAAUAUGGAGAGUGACAGAAGAUCAAUGGCUGGCAAAGCCCCAUUGGCUGUGGUCAAGUCCCAGGAUGAGCCUUUGGAUGAAGUGCAGCUGCAAGGUUUUGGAGAGGAAUUGUUCAAUUCAGACGAGCUCAUGCGCUUUCUAGAUAGUGAUCCAGGAAGUAUGAAGGACAACAUCUGUGUCCCAUGGUGGGACCCCAACUGUGAUACUGGCCCAGUUUGCCUGGGGCUCACAGAUGAGCAGCAGCUGCAAUGUGGGCAUCCAUCUGAUGAGAUGACAUUCCAGUACCGGAAUGCAAAUCUCUUGGAGAGAUUGCCUCACAUGGAGCAGACUCCCAUGUUCCUCGAUCACAUAUACCUCGAUUUCUGCAGGCCGGUGAAGAGUCGAGGGGAUGUUGCAGAUUACUGCAGGCUGGUGAAGAGUCAAGGGGAUGCUGCGGAUUACGGGCUUCUGUCGGAUCGGGAAAUGCAUCACUUCGGACCUUUCGAACUGGACUUUGGAGGACUCAACAGUGAGGAAGGAAUGAAACAUGGUAGCAAGUUUUCAGUUGGAUAUGCUUCUUUACUUGAGGAGCAUUGGUAGAGGUUCUGAAUUUUGAGUGGGAUAUGCUUCUUUAUCGUGAGGAGCAUCAAUAGAGGUUGUGAAUUUUUAGUAGUGAUAUGCUUCUUUUAUCUUGAGGAGCAUCAAUAGAGGUUGUGAAUUUUCAGUGGGAUAUGCUACUUUAUAUGGAAGAGAAUCAACAGCCGCGUGAGGACUGAUUGAACCUGUGGUCACAGGCAAUUUGGAUCUCAUGGGUUUGAGCUAACAAUAGUUUUGAGCUGAUUCUCUCUGUUUUUUUUUUUUUUUUUAGAUGAAGAAAUUGGCUUUUGGAAGAUGUAUUUGUUUCUUUCUCUUCCCCACCACAAUGGGAAGAGACUGACCUUAAACAUAUCUUUCUUUGCUUCUAUUCUCCCUUUUUCGAAGGUGGCUAUGGCUGUGUAAGAAAGCGUUUGGACUGGAUUCUUUGAUGUGAAUAUCUGAUGGAAAUAAUGAUAGGCUACAGAAAUGUUGAUAUUUGAUAUGAUGGAGAGAUGUAUUGUAUAUUUUCUUGCAAGAUGUGUUGUAGAUUUUCAUACAAAUAGAAAAUUUUAUUAUGACAAUUCCAUUA